GUCUAUUUCUAUCCUCAAAGGAGGAUUAAAACAGACAAAUUCUAUUUAUUUUAAUCAAAAAUUAUAUUUAAAUUUCAGUGGCAUAUAUUUACCAAAGUUUCUGUGGAUAUCAGCCUUUUGGUCUGUAGUCUGUAUUCAAUACCCAUUCAAUAACUCUAUUCAGUUGAUACUGAAUAUUCAUUAGUCUAAGCUUAAAAUUCAUAAUUUAUUGGUAAAGAGAAUAAAUAUUAUGUGUGAUUAAUAAGAGCAAAUUUAUUUGGAACUGCAUACUAAAAAAAAAGUCAAGUGCAGAUGGCAUUAGCACCAGUUGGAGUUUCAAGGAUAUCUUUUUUCAAAGUUGCUUCUUAUGAUUUUAAUGGAAACAACUGGGUUUCAAGUAGUUGCUCACUGAAUCCUCGCACAACCGAUGCUACUCGGCUUGCGAUUCUCAAAUCAGGCGCUCCGCGUAAACUUAUAGCCUGUUCAGCUGUUCAAGAAUCAUCCUCUCCUGCAGUUUCUCCUGAGGCAACCGAUGAAAAGACUGAACCGAAACCAGAUGUGAAACCAGCAGCAGCAAAAACAAAGAGUGAAAAGGCGGAAGCGAAACCAGAUGUGAAACCAGCAGCAGGAAAAACAAAGAGUGAAAAGGCGGAAGCGAAACCAGCCGCUGCAAAGCCAAAACCGGCAGCAAAAGCUCCUGCUAAAGCAUUACCUCAGAUGAUGGAAGAAGAUGUCAUUCCUGCCCUCAAAUCAACUCUCGAAGCUCAAGAUGAUAUUACCGAUCUUGAAUUGGUGUUUAACGAUAAUAAAUUGGAAGGUUCAUUCAUGCAGAAGGGCAAACCCUACUUCUUUUGGGCUUUUUUUCCUGAUGGAGUUCUUACAGGUCCAAAGGGAUUCUCUAUUUCCUCUUAUGGUUCAGAAGUGAGCACAGUGGAACCAUUUCUUAUUGAUGAGAAAAAAAUCACCCCAAAACAUGUUGUCUUUUGGGUCGAGAAGCGAUUGGCGGCUCAAGGGAUCAUCCCUGUGUGGGAAAAGAAUUAAUUUGAUGUUUUUCAAUGUUCAAUCUAAUCCAAAUUCAUAGUCUUAUAAAUUUCUUUGUCAAUCAUCAUACAUUCUAUUAAUUUUACUGUAUAAUAUCAAAAAGGAAGUUUAAUUGUGAGCA